CUAAGCUAGAAAGCUGCUGCAUUGUCCCAUUCCUGCUAAUAUUUCAGCAACCAUGUCUUCAGCUCAGCAUCUCAGAGAUUUUAUCAGAGAGAGACUAACUGCUGCUGCUCAAGAAAUCUUCACCGAGGUUGAAAAAACCAUCAUUUGCUACGAGGAAGAGCUCGAUGCUCAGCGCAGGAUGAUGGGGAUCAACUGGAAACCAGAAAUUAAGCUACACAGAGUCGGUUCGGAGCUGCAGAGACAAAGUUCUGACCUCCAACAGCCAAGUGUCUCCAAUGAGGAAGAAGCUUCUGCCAUCCAACAAAUCUGGAGCCUGGCAAAGGGGUCCAGUCAGGAUCAGAAAGAAGAAGAACAUCAGUGGACUGAAGAGGUACAGAUGGAACCAGAAACAAAAUGGAUUAAAGAAGAAGAGGAGGAACCAGAUCCUGCACUGCUCAAACAUGAGGAAUUGGAUUAUCCACUAACAAAUGUAAAAAAAGAGGAACUAGAUUCUUCAGCACUUAAACGUGAACAGCAGCCACCAGAACAUUUACUAACUGGACAGGACCAGAAGAACCUCUGCAGCAAUCAGGAGAGGGAGCAGCUUGUCCAGAAUCAAUUUGUUGCUUUCAUUGAGACUUCUACUCUUCAGGAAGAUGAUAUGAGUGAAGAAGAGAGAACAGAGCAGCUUUCCCUUCAUAUCUCUCCAGUGGUUGAGAGCAAAGAUCAGGAAGGAAGCAGCUCCUCUGUGUCAGAGAGUCAGUCUGGUACCAGUACAAAGAAAAGAUCUUUCAAAUGUGAAAUGUGUGGGAGAUGUUACACACAACUGUGUAAAUUGAGAAACCAUUACAGAACCCACACUGGUGAGAGACCUUUUUCAUGUGAAACAUGCGGAAAAAGUUUCUCUCUAAGUUAUAUUUUAAAAAGUCACAAGAAAACUCAUACAGGAGAGAAACCUUUUUCAUGUCAGUCAUGUGGAAAGAGUUUCUCUCGAAUAGGUAAUUUAAAGGUCCACAAAAGCACUCAUACAGGUGAGAAGCCUUUCUCAUGUCAGUCAUGCGGAAAGAGUUUCUCACGAAUUAGUCAUUUAAAUCGUCACAAGACAAGUCAUACAGGUGAGAAGCUUUUUUCAUGCCAGUCUUGUGAAAAAAGCUUCAAUCGAAGGGAUAAUUUGAUCAUUCACAUGAAAACCCAUACAGGUCAAGGGCUGCUUUGAAGCCAAACCUGUGAAAAAGUUGCCUUUGAAAUUGGUCACUUAAUUAUUCUCAUUAGAACCCACAUGAAUGAGAUGGAUUUUUCAUGAAAUAUGGAGAAGAAAGUGUUCUUUCAUGCUGGUAAACUGAAUUUUCACAUAACACAAAAGUGACAAUUAGUCAUUAACUCACACAGAUUCACUGUAAUAAAUAUUAAACCCUGUCUUGGAUUGUUUCACUUUUCCAAACAUUAGACCUUCACCUAUUUUUGAAGGUCUAAUGGUUGCCCAUUUAGACCUGCAUUUUGCCCAUUUAAGGAUUUUUUAGCAAAUUUUGUUAAAUUUUCUAAAGAAUAUUUAGAAUAUUCAAAGUGAUUUCAACUGGCUUGGAAGUGGAAAUAUUGAAGGUCUACGCUAUUUGACAUGCUACUGGCUGACUUUUGCAAAUUAGCCAAUGAGGACCUUUCAGAACCCUCCUCAGAUUUCCAGGAUGGACAUCUGCAAGUCAAAUGUUUGUCAUGAGAAACACACAAAUAUUCAUGCUUUGCUGAAGAAUUUCAUGUCUAAAUUUAUGUGAGACUUGGAUGUAACAACUUAAUAAAAGCUCUGACAAAUACAA